GAUGGGUGGUGGAGGGCAGAGUGUAGAACAACCCAGAUCCGAGGAGCCAACCCCCACAGGCAUGAUCCCGGAGGCAAAGGGAGAGGAGGGGCUGCAGUGCAUCUUCAUCACCAACCCUUCGGCACUCUUAGCAGAAGUGGGCGGAAGACUUGCGAAACGGGCGUGGGCAGCAGUAGGGAGAGACGACAGGUUUGGAGAUGGCUUGUACGAUUCCUACAUGAGAAUAGAUCAGAUUAGAUAUUCAGAUCCCACAAAAGAGGAAUGCAGCCCUUCUGGACUUCCUUCACUGGGGAGACCUAAUGUAACUACUAACACAAUCACAAUGAAAGAUCAUCCUUUAACUGGGAGCCAAGUCAAAGUUGAGCAGUUGUUUGAAGACUCUGGCAACAGAAGGAGCAGUACUCUACAGUCCUCUGGAAUAAAUGGCUCUGAAAGGUCUUUUCCAACUCCAGCAAAAGAUAAAAGCUUUGACAGCAUCAGUACCACCAAAAAUAGUGGCAGCUCAACAAAAGCACAGAAAACUAGUAGUCAGUCUGCUGAUCAAGCACUGAAACAAUACAAACAGCAGUUAACAGCCUAUGAACAGCAAGAAAUAUUUAACUUUGCUGAAAUUUAUUUUGUGGGUCCAAAUGCAAAGAAAAGGCAAGGAGUCAUUGGUGGCCCAAAUAAUGGUGGAUAUGAUGAUGAACAAGGCAGCUACAUUCAUGUGCCUCAUGACCAUCUUGCCUACAGAUUUGAAGUACUUAAAAUCAUUGGAAAAGGUAGUUUUGGCCAAGUAGCUAAAGUUUAUGACCACAAACAUCACCAGCAUUUGGCCUUGAAGAUGGUACGCAAUGAGAAGAGGUUUCACCGGCAAGCCGCAGAAGAAAUCCGAAUCUUGGAGCAUCUCAAAAAGCAGGAUAAAACUGGAAGCAUGAAUGUUAUUCACAUGCUAGAGAGUUUCACCUUUCGGAAUCACAUAUGUAUGACUUUUGAGCUCUUGAGCAUGAAUCUGUAUGAGCUGAUCAAAAGAAACAAGUUUCAAGGCUUCAGUGUGCAGCUUGUGCGUAAAUUUGCCCACUCUAUAUUGCAAUGUCUGGAGGCUCUUUAUAAAAACAAAAUCAUCCAUUGUGACUUGAAACCUGAAAAUAUUCUCCUAAAGCAGCAAGGGCGGAGUGGAAUCAAAGUAAUUGAUUUUGGAUCCAGCUGUUUUGAGCACCAAAGAAUCUAUACUUACAUACAGUCUCGAUUCUACAGAGCCCCAGAAGUCAUUUUGGGAAGUCGUUAUGGGAUGCCCAUAGACAUGUGGAGUUUUGGUUGCAUUCUUGUGGAACUGUUGACUGGUUAUCCUCUCUUCCCAGGAGAGGAUGAGGGUGAUCAACUAGCGUGCAUGAUGGAACUCCUUGGAAUGCCCCCACAGAAGCUGCUGGACCAGUCCAAGCGAGCCAAAAACUUUAUCAAUUCAAAAGGUCAUCCUCGCUAUUGCACUGUAACAACACAGGCAGAUGGGAAAAUGACUCUUAAUGGCAGCAGAUCACGUAGGGGUAAAAUGCGUGGUGCUCCAGGCAACAAGGACUGGGUUACAGCAUUAAAAGGCUGUGAUGACCCUUUGUUUAUAGAGUUCUUAAAAGAAUGUCUUAAUUGGGAUCCUUCAGCACGCAUGACUCCUAGCCAAGCUUUAAGACAUCCUUGGAUUUGUAAACGCGUACCUAAACCACCCAGCAUGGAUAAAACACCAGGCAAACGGAUUGCUCAUUAUACGAGCUCUUUCCCAGGGAUAGGUUCCAGAUUACCCCCAGUUGUGGGGGUAGCCAACAAACUGCGAGCUAAUCUAAUGUCUGACUCAAAUGCCAAUAUACCUCUAUGUACUGUGCUACCAAAAUUGGUCAGCUAAUAGAGAAUUACAUACUCCCAGAGUAUAGAUGUGUUUUUAAUUAUCUCCUUGAAACACAAAAGAUGACUAAACGCAGAGAUCUGGAAAAAAGAAAGACAAGAAUUUUUAUUGAACACUAAAUCUUGUAUAAAAAAAACUGAAUCAAAACAAGCAUUUUAAGGGCUAUGAUUGUUUUAUCAAGUUGUUUCAGCUGGAAUGUGGUGCUUGUUACAUCACUUCUGAUAGGUCAGCACAUUUGUUUUGUUCAAUGAGGUUACACACUGUGUAGCAGAUGGAUUUUAUAGCGCUGUUGUAAUAAAACUCAAAAACCACUUCUCAUGUGGACAGUCUCACUUAGCAGACAAUUUGCUGCAAACCAGUUUGAAGAUAAAUAAACUAUGCAUUUAAUUGAUCAACUAGUGAAUACAUCACAGAAUGCUGGUCAAAAAGCACAAGUUCUAAUCUCUUUUCCCCUUGAGUUAUUGUUGUAAUUUCAAUGUAUUGAGUGCCAGAUCUCAGUGUUUGGGAAGCCUUUUGUCCUUGAAGGGGCCUCCUUCAAAUUGCUUGCAGUCCAUGGCAAUAACACACUUGUAAGAAAAGUGGGUGUUGAGCUGGAGCUAUAAAGAGACUGGUCUUUAGGCUCUAGGUUUAAUGCACGUGGUUCCCUUUCCUCAUCUGAUCAUGCUACAUUCAAUAAAUUGGUCUUUACAGUUUUACAUUAGUAUGUGGAAAUCAAAAUGUCUCCAGAAAGGUUUCCUUAUCUAUCAGUCUAACUGGCUUUUAAUUGUAUGAAUUCCUUGAAGCACAAACUCUGUUUCAGACACUCUGUUUUCAAGUCUCAACCAGAAGUUUGGGCAAGCUAGAAAUACCAAUAAUUAAUGUUAAAGUUGACAGUGCCUACUGUCUGAGUAAUUUACAUAAGCAAAUUGGUGUUUCAAAAAUGUUGUACAGUAAAAUGUAAUGAGCAGCAUCUGAAUACUAGAAAAAUAAAGUAACAGAUGUAUUUUAAUGCUAUUUGCAAGCUUGCUUCUAAGGAUUUACCCCUCCAAGUUAUGUUGGUUUUUUUAGUCCUUAACACCUGAUCUUUUGCCAAGCCUCAUGACAGUUUUACAUAUGCUGAGCCAUAUUUUGUGGGCAUGUGAAUCAAAUUUAGUGGAACUUCUUGUUGAGUGAAACUUU